UGAUGAUCAUCUAUUGGAAGAAUCUACCUUGUUAAAUACUCUCGAUCCUCAGAUGGACCAAACCCAUGCUCAACCAUCUUGGGAUCAACUUCUUCAGCACAUGACAAACCUUAUAUCAAGACAACAAGAAGCCUGA